CGUUCUUCGUUUGAGUACGACUGCAACACAAAUCGAGUACCUCAAUCCACUUACAAACUCAUGGCCAGCUGAGCAGCUUGUUUUCUCAUCCUCCAAUUUAUUAGGUUAUUUCUGUUACAGUCUUGCAUGUUUAACGUUGCUAAUGCUGCAAUUCUCAACGUUACCACUGAUCAAUCUGCUCUUUUAGCCUUGAAAGAUCCUGUUUCUUAUGAUCCUGAUCAUGUUUUAACAAACAGUUGGUCCACCUCUACUUCUGUUUGCACUUGGGUCGGUGUCACUUGUGGUUCUAAACAUCUCCGAGUCAAAGCUUUGAACCUUUCCUACAUGGGCCUUGUUGGUACCAUUCCUCCGCACAUCGGGAACCUUUCGUUCCUUGUUAGGAUAAGCUUUGUAAACAAUAGCUUCCAUGGCUCAAUCCCGAAUGAGUUGUCGCGUCUUCAUCGGUUGGAAUACUUGGACUUCACAUACAACGAAUUCAGUGGAGAAAUCCCAUCUCGGUUAGGGUUUCUAACAAAACUUCAAUUUUUGAGUCUAUAUGGUAACAAUUUUGAAGGUACUAUUCCAUCAUCUCUAUCCAACAUAACUUCGUUGCAACGGUUUUAUCUUUCAUAUAACCAACUUUCAGGAUCCAUACCUUCCUCUAUAUUCAACAUAUUUGGCUUGCAAAAAAUUCUUCUCACAGAAAACAAACUUACGGGUCCGAUGCCAUCCAUCUUGGCCAACAUGUCUUCGUUGCAGAUCAUUGAUCUAAGCUAUAACAUGUUGGUUGGUACACUACGAAUGUACAUCUUUGAUCAUCUUCCUAAGUUACAAUAUAUCUCUUUGAGUAACAAUCAACUUCAAGGUCAACUUCCGUCCACUUUGUACAAGUGUAAGCAGUUACAAGUUCUAUCCCUUUCGGUGAAUCAUUUCAAUGGAAGGAUAUCUCCGAAAAUAGGGAACUUAACCAUGCUUACAGAGUUACGUCUUAGCGAGAACAACUUGGAAGGUUCAAUACCAAGUGAAAUUGGUAACCUCCAGAAUCUAGAGUUGAUUAGCAUCGAACUUAAUGGUUUUGUUGGUCCAAUUCCAUUCAAGAUCUUCAAUUAUCUCAACGAUUCAAACUAUUUGUAUGGGACUCAGUAAAUUUUCAGGUCAUCUUCCAUCAGAUAUGGGCUUCUACCUUCCGAAGCUCAAACAACUUAGCCUUUAUGGAAAUAAACUGAGCGGAAUAAUUCCCAGUUCCAUCUCCAAUGCUUCACAGCUCACUCUUCUAGACUUGAAUGGUAACUCAUUGUCGGGAAUAAUUCCAGAAGCACUUGGUAAUUUAAGGCUCCUGCAGUGGCUCGGCUUGGAAUUUAAUAAUUUGACCAUGGGAAUUCAAGAACUGAAUCCUUUCUCUUACUUGUCAAAUUGCAAAUAUCUUAGAUUUCUAGCUUUUGCAUUCAAUCCCCUUCACAACUUCCUUCCGAAUUCCAUUGGUAACCUUUCUCUAUCUCUUGAAAGACUUUACCUAUCUUCUUGCCAUAUUAAGGGAAGCAUUCUGGCAGAGCUUGGGAAUCUAAGUAGUUUGAUUAUUUUGGAACUAUCCAACAACAAAUUGAAAGGACCUAUUCCAACUACAUUAGGAAGAUUGCACAUGCUACAAGCUUUGUCCCUUCAAGCUAACGAACUAGAGGGUCAUAUCCUGUCUGAUCUUUGUCAUCUAAAGAGUUUGUAUGACUUGUCUAUAGAUAGCAAUAAGCUUUUUGGACAUAUUCCAACAUGCAUUAGCAAUCUAACUUUCCUAAGAUAUCUCUACUUAGGUUUCAACCAAUUAACAUCCAUGAUUCCUUUGAGCUUGUGGAGCCUUACAAAUCUCCUGGAGGUCGACCUGUCAUCCAAUUCAUUAACUGGCCUUCUUUCAUUUGAGAUUGGAGAUAUGAAAGUGAUGAGGGUAUUGAAUCUGUCAAGAAAUCAACUAUCAGGGGAUAUUCCGAUAACAAUUGGUGGCCUCAUAGAUCUAACUAAUCUCUCGUUAGCAAUCAAUCAACUAGAAGGUUCAAUUCCAGAGUCUUUUGGUAAACUAUUAAGCUUGGAGAUCUUAGAUCUUUCGUGUAACAAUUUAUCUGGAAGGAUUCCCAAAUCCUUAGAAGCACUUUUAUACCUCAAGUAUCUAAAUGUCUCUUUCAAUAAUCUACGAGGGAAAAUUCCAACAGGAGGACCAUUUGUACACUUCUGGUCUGCUUCAUUUAUCUCAAAUGAUGCGCUUUGUGGUGCACCCCGUUUACAAGUUCCCCCAUGCGAAGAAGAUUCUCCUAAAAACAAAAAGCUCAAAGUAUCGCACUUAAUGAAGUAUCUGUUACCAGCAAUUGGGUUAGCGAUGCUUGUAGUGAUCCCUUCAUUAGCCUAUAAAAUAUGCAAAACAGAGAAUCUUGGAUUACCACUACAGGCAGACUUGUACAAUUUAACUACAUGGAGAAGAAUUUCUCAUCAAGAACUUCUACUAGCAACAGAAAGGUUCAACUCAAGCAACUUACUUGGUCAAGGAAGUUUUGGAUCAGUAUACAAGGGAACACUUUCAGAUGGGAUGAAUAUUGCAGUAAAAGUUCUAAACUUGCAAGUAGAAGGGGCAUUUAAGUGUUUUGAUGCAGAGUGCGAGGUAUUGCGAAAUGCUCGUCAUCGCAAUUUGGUCAAAAUCAUUAGCAUUUGUAGCAACAUCGACUUCAAAGCCCUUGUAUUGGAAUACAUGCCAAAUGAGAACUUAGAGAAGUGGUUAUACUCUCAUGAUCGUUGUUUGAAUUUCUUACAAAGGCUGAAUAUAAUGAUUGAUGUUGCAUCAGCGUUGGAAUACCUUCAUUAUGGUUUCUCAACAGUUAUUGUUCAUUGUGAUUUGAAGCCGAGCAACGUCCUAUUAGAUGUGGAUAUGGUUGCACAUGUUGCUGAUUUUGGCAUGGCCAAACUCUUAGGUGAUGAGAAUUCUAUGAUGCAAACGAUGACUCUUACAACUUUAGGGUAUAUGGCACCAGGUGAUUUUUUGAAUUUACCACUGAAACUCUCUUAGUCAUUAUUUUACUCAUACACAAUUAAGUCUUAUCAUAUCAUAGAACAUUCAUCUACACAAUUUAUCAAUUUUGCUUCGAUCUUUUUUCACUACUAUCAAAUAUUGAAGUAAGUUGUAACAAUAAGUUGUAGUGUUAUACACAGAGUAGGAGGCAUUGUUUCUACAAAAGGGGAUAUGUAUAGUUAUGGCAUCCAACUCAUUGAGACUUUUACAAGAAAAAGACCUACAGAUGACAUGUUUGCAGGAGAAAUGAGCUUGAAGCGUUGGGUAAAUGAAGCAUUGCCCAUUUCAACGAUUGAUAUUGUUGAUGCCAGUUUGUUGGGAAACGAAAGAUAUCAUGUUGCCUUGGAGGAGUGCAUAUCUUCAAUUAUGGGAUUGGCUUUAGAUUGUUGUGCAGAGUUGCCUGACCAAAGAACUAACAUGAAAAUUGUUUUAGCCACUCUAAAGAAGAUUAAAACAAAGUCUUUAAGAGAUGUCGAAAGAUAUUGACAUGGGCCUUGUGUUUGUUUAAAUGUUUUCAUUAUAUGUCUUUCCUAAUGAUAAAACGGUAUUGAGAUUGUGAAAAA